AUGGGGACACCGUUCAUCAGUCUCCUCGAGCCUAGCAAGCUUGACGGAUACAAACGUGGAGCGCCUCUCGAAGAGCAGCCAUCGUCGAUCUCACAAACUUUCCUAGAUGCCAUGGAAGUUCGCGAGCAAGUCUUUGUCAAGGAACAAAAUGUUCCAGCCGAGAACGAAGUUGAUGACGAUGAUCCUCGUUCGUGCCACUGGGUCGUCUACGCCAGCGUCAAUAAGGUCGAGGAGCUGGAAGUUCGCGAUGAAGAGGGAAAUGUGAUACAACCUCGGAAGAGCUCGACACGCUCAACACCGAUCGGAACCAUCAGACUGGUGCCGUUUCCGCACGACCCACACCCAGAGAGAGGGGGCAAAUACUGGAAUGGGAUCCUCCAAGACGAUAAUGGUAACCAGAAUGGACACAAGAAGAUGAAGGCAUCGUCGGGAAUCAAGCCAUAUAUCAAAGACCGGGAGACGACAUUUCAUAACGGCCAAGAGCCGUAUGUAAAACUAGGACGACUGGCAGUGAUCAAAGAGUUCCGAGGACAUGGCAUCUCUGGACUUCUCGUCAAUACAGUGCUCAGUUGGCUGAAAGCUCACCCGUCGUACUUCAAUCCCAACAUCAAAGUUGUCGGCCUCGAACAUCUCAAUCCAGUCGGAGACGUCAUGGUGAUUCCCCAGUGGUCAGGACUCGUCUGCGUCCAUGCGCAGAAGCAGGUGGUACAGCUUUGGAAGAAAUGGGGAUUUGAAGUAGAUGAGGAGAUGGGCACCUGGUGGGAAGAGGGUAUGCCUCAUGUUGGUAUGUUUCAGCGCUUGGAGAUUUCAGAGAAGAUAUCCCGUCUAGAUUAG